AAAUACCCCCGAAAUGAUCGGCCUGGUUGAUCCACACAUCCAUCCAAUUUGGGCCACUCCAUGGCCCACUGCGACAAUACUAGUGGCAUAUUUUGCAUUCGUUCUAAAAUUGGGUCCCGAUUUUAUGAAGAAUCGAAAGCCCUACGAUCUGCGCGGCAUUAUCAAGGCUUACAACAUCAUUCAGAUUAUUUACAAUGCCGUGAGCCUUUAUCUUGCAACGCGGUUCCUUUUCUUUUGGGAUACCUACGAUUUGAGUUGCGUGACAACCUUGCCCAUGGAUCAUCCGCACAAGGACUACGAACGCUUUAUAUGCAAUAUUUAUGGAUUCAACAAAUUCAUGGACCUAACUGAAACCAUAUUCUUUGUUUUGCGAAAGAAGGAUAAACAGAUAACUUUCCUGCAUCUGUUCCACCACAGUUUUAUGGCCAGUAUUGGCUAUUUUUUGCUUACAUAUCACGGAUACGGUGGACUUCUGUUUCCCGCCUGCACUUUAAACGCAUUUGUCCACGUCAUGAUGUACAUCUACUAUUACUUAUCGUCGGUGAACCCAUCGGUCCAAAGAAGCAUCUGGUGGAAGAAAUAUAUAACUCUCAGCCAACUGGUCCAGUUCGUUACGGUGGAGGUUCUCGUUAUCAAAACCUUGCUCCAUCCGAACUGCAAUUACUCCAAACUAAUGAUGUGGGUAUGCUUGAUCGUAAAUCCCAUUUUCAUUGGAUUGUUUAGCCACUUUUACAUAAAGAACUAUGUCCUUUCGCCCAAGAAGAGUUCUAAGCCACCUCAGGAUUCGUCGGAUUCAAAAGCUCAAGAGAAAGUCAAUUAA